UUAUUUUUCUGCGUAUACAGAACAUACUUUCCUUUCAUUGUAUUCCAAAAAAUAAUAUAUUUAUAUACUUGCGGAAGUUUACAACUGCAAAAAAUGUGUCGCUAAAUCAGAGUGGACCGAAUAUAAUAUAUGACCUGCUCGGCGAAUAUAUAAACAAAGGCAAUCACAAUAAAGGAAGGGAAAACCAAAUAAGUAUUUCUAUCUCGGGUUGAUAUUGUUCGGCGAGUCAUGGAGGAUCCAAAUCGCAUGUUGGCUCACACCGGUGGCAUGAUGGCUCCCCAGGGAUACGGAUUGUCUGGCCAGGACGAUGGCCAGAACACUGGCAGCGAGAACGAGGUGCGCAAGCAGAAGGACAUCGGCGAGAUAUUGCAACAGAUAAUGAGCAUUUCGGAACAAUCACUGGACGAGGCGCAGGCCAGAAAACAUACCCUCAACUGUCACCGGAUGAAGCCGGCCCUUUUCUCUGUUCUAUGCGAAAUUAAGGAGAAGACCGUCCUGUCGAUUCGCAACACUCAGGAGGAGGAGCCCCCAGAUCCGCAACUGAUGAGAUUAGACAACAUGCUGAUUGCCGAGGGCGUGGCCGGGCCCGAAAAGGGCGGUGGCGGAGCGGCGGCCGCCUCGGCAGCUGCGGCCAGCCAGGGCGGCUCGCUGUCCAUCGAUGGUGCCGACAAUGCCAUCGAGCAUUCCGACUACCGUGCCAAGCUGGCGCAGAUUCGUCAGAUCUACCACCAGGAGCUGGAGAAGUACGAGCAGGCAUGCAACGAGUUUACCACGCAUGUCAUGAAUCUUCUACGCGAACAGAGUCGCACGAGACCCAUUACACCAAAGGAGAUCGAGCGAAUGGUCCAGAUUAUACACAAAAAGUUUAGUUCCAUACAAAUGCAGCUGAAGCAGUCGACCUGCGAGGCCGUGAUGAUUCUCCGUUCGCGUUUCCUCGACGCUCGCCGCAAGCGCCGCAAUUUCAGCAAGCAGGCAUCCGAGAUCCUCAACGAGUACUUCUACAGCCAUUUGAGCAACCCAUAUCCAUCCGAGGAGGCCAAAGAGGAGUUGGCACGCAAGUGCGGCAUCACGGUCUCCCAAGUGUCCAAUUGGUUUGGCAACAAGCGCAUUCGCUACAAGAAGAACAUCGGCAAGGCACAGGAGGAGGCCAAUUUGUAUGCGGCCAAGAAGGCUGCCGGCGCUUCACCGUAUUCCAUGGCUGGUCCUCCGAGUGGGACAACCACACCCAUGAUGUCACCCGCUCCGCCGCAGGAUUCGAUGGGCUAUCCGAUGGGCUCGGGUGGCUAUGACCAGCAGCAACCGUACGACAACAGCAUGGGCGGUUACGAUCCAAAUCUCCAUCAGGAUCUAAGCCCCUGAGGAUCAGGGCUGUAAGUGAGAACCUGCUCCCAGUUGGAGAAUCCCUCGUACUACAGUUGCGGUCAAAAUAACUGCAUUGAAAAAAUCAAUCAAUCGAUCAUGCAGUUUCUUCUUUCUAAUUAUGUAAGUUCUCUUUUUCGUAACGAGGCGCGCGGUUUUUUCGUUUUUGCUGUAUUAAUUCUGCUGUCACACAGAUAAGUUUAAAAAAAAUUCCCAUAAAUUUAGAUAUAGUGAAUAGAAUAACAAUACGUAAUAGCUAGUUUGUGCUUGCUAGAUUUUGGUUCGUGGAAAACAGGAGCUCAUAUAAAAGAAAACAAUAUUAUAAUCAGUUGCGAGAGGUAGACAGAAAUCUCUUUAGGCAAAAUUCAGUUGAAAUUCUGUGGCAAGAGAUUUCUGUUUUCCUCUCGCUCCUGAUAAUUGUAUAUUGUUUUCUAUAAAUGAAAGAAUUUUAGCAGGAUAAUCCUGUAGUAAAAUAUCAAGAAAGCUUAAAAAAUCAAAUCAUACAUAUAUGCUUCCUUUCAUAUUUGAUUCAAAUGCAAAUGCAAAUGCAUGUUUGUAAAGUAAAUACGUAAUAAUUGGUUUAAGCAAUUAUAUUUUAUAACAUAACAAUUCGUAAAGGGAAAAUAAUCAAUGCAGAGACUUUAGCUUAUAUCCAUUAACCAUUGAGAAGAACGUAUUCAAGGAAACUCAAUUAAAAACUCGUGGUAUACGAAUAGUUUCACUAGGAACGGGGAGGCACAACAUUUCAGGGCUCUUAUUUUGACCGCAGCUGUGUAUAAAUAUAUUUUAAUACUAAUUAAUUUACCUACAUUUGCGGGUAUAUACAAAAAUAUUGCAUGUGUAAAUCAUACUAUGACGGUUCUUUUUGGCUACAGUACGUAUACGACGACAGCAAAAUAGUGUUUACUAAAUUUAAAUCUGUACGAAAUACGAAAUUUUUAACUACGAACAAUACGAAAAUACGAAACUAAACCAUGUAUACGAUGUAUAUCAAAUAAAUAAAUAAUACAUGUUGUUGUUAUCCGCACACGUCAAAACUAAA